AUGGGCCAGGAGAAGGCAGUGUGCCAGGAGAUGACAAUGAGCCAGGAGAUGGCCUUGGCACAGGAUAAGGCACUCAAUAGUGGCACAGAGGGCUUGCUAUUUGGGUCUCUGGCGGGGCAAGCUCUGCCCAUUAAGGGGUCAGCUGUUGCAAAAAUAAUUGGUAAUAAUGUCAAGAAACUACAGAAGUUUGCCUCCACAGUCAAGAUGUGGGUCUUUGAGGAAACAGUGAAUGGGAGAAAACUGACAGACAUCAUAAAUAAUGACCAUGAAAAUGUCAAAUAUCUCCCUGGACACAAGCUGCCAGAAAAUGUGGACGCAGUCUCCAGUCUCAGCGAGGCUGUGCAGGAUGCAGACCUGCUGGUGUUUGUCAUCCCCCACCAGUUCAUUCACAAGAUCUUCGAUGAGAUCACUGGCAGAGUACCCAAGAAAGCACUGGGGAUCACCCUCAUCAAGGGCAUAGACGAGGGCCCCGAGGGACUGAACCUCAUUUCUGACAUCAUCUGGGAGAAGAUGGCCAUUGACAUCAGUGUGCUGAUGGGUGCUAACAUUGCCAGCGAGGUGGCUGCGGAGAAGUUCUGUGAGACCACCAUUGGCAGCAAAAUCAUGGAGAAUGGCCUUCUCUUCAAAGAACUUCUGCAAACCCCCAAUUUCCGAAUAACUGUGGUUGAUGAUGCAGACACGGUUGAACUUUGUGGUGCUCUUAAG